AUGAGUUCUUCAGGAGGACUAGUGAUCAUUAUUUCAAGUUUUCUGUGUCUAUUCUAUUUUGUAGCUCUACUCUUUAAAAUCUUUCACAAAUUAUGGUGGACACCGAAUCGCAUACAGAAGUUGAUGGCUUCACAGGGAAUCAAAGGCCCUUCUUACAAACUUGUCCAUGGAAACACGAAAGAAAUCUCCAACAUGUACAAGGAAGCCAUGAGCAGACCCUUAAGUUUAUCACACAACAUAUUUGCUUAUGUUCAGCCUCAUUUUCAUUCAUGGAGCAAUAUAUAUGGGAAGAAUUAUCUCCAAUGGCUUGGCUCGCGAGCUCAGCUGGUCAUUCGAGAACCUGAGUUGUGUAGGCAGAUACUGAACAACAAAGAUGGAGCUUAUCUGAAAAUACCUCCUGAAAACUUUGUGAAGAAGUUAUUAGGAUAUGGCCUUGUAACAAUAGCUGAAGGACAAAAGUGGUCAAACUUGAGAAAGAUCUCCAACCAUGCCUUCCAUGGAGAGAGCUUAAAAACUAUGAUUCCAGAUAUCAUAGCUUGUGCUGAAAUAAUGCUCAAAAGGUGGGAAAGUCAUGAAGGGAAAGAGAUUGAUGUGGUUGAAGAAUUUAGGUUAUUCACUUCAGAAGUGAUUUCCAGGACAGCAUUUGGUAGCAGCUACUUAGAAGGACAACACAUUUUUGAGAUGUUGAAGAAGUUGGCUUUGAUAUUAUUCAGAAACUCGCUCCAAAUCAAGGUUCCUGGUGUCAGCAAGUUGUUUAAGACAAAUGAUGAAAUCGAAUCAGAGAAACUUGAGAAAGGAAUACAGGACUCUAUAAUAGAGCUUGUUAAGAAAAGAGAACAUAAGGUAACUAGUGGAGAACAAGAUAACUUUGGGAGUGAUUUUCUUGGAUUGCUUUUAAAGGCUCAUCAUAAUGACAAUCUGAACCAGAGGAUUUCGGUGGAUGAUAUAGUUGAUGAUUGCAAGACAUUUUACCUAGCUGGACAAGACACGACUAGUACAUUGCUUACUUGGACUGUUUUUCUCCUAGCACUUAAUACAGAUUGGCAAGAGGAAGCAAGAAAGGAGGUCCUACAGUUAUUUGGAAAACAGAAUCCAAAUCCGGAUGACAUAUCCAAACUUAAAACUAUGAGUAUGAUCCUCAAUGAGUCUCUAAGGUUAUAUCCACCUGCUCUUGCAAUUCCACGGAUUACUGGAAGGGAAGUUAGACUUGGAAAGCUCAUUGUUCCUGCAGAUGUUGAACUGUUGGUCUCAGUUCUAACACUUCAUCAUGAACCUCAAUUUUGGGGACCAGAUGUGCAUCUUUUCAAGCCAGAGAGAUUCUUAGAAGGGGUUGCUAAAGCUACUAACAAUAAUAUAGGCACUUUCAUGCCUUUUGGACUGGGAUCUCGAACUUGUGUGGGCUUGAACUUUGCAACCACUGAAGCUAAGAUUGCCUUGUCAAUGAUUCUACAACGCUACUCCUUCACUCUUUCGCCGGCUUAUAUCCACUCCCCAUGUCAGUCUCUCCUACUUCGGCCACAACAUGGACUUCAAGUAUUGUUACAACCAUUGUGA